AUGGCUUAUCAAAGUCGCAAAGUACAAGAAUUAUUCAAGAAAGGAGCAUUGGAGUGGCAGAAUUAUACAUGUCUUAACUUUUUUGAGAAGCCUAAAGAAAUAUGGAGAAUCAGACGAAAUUUUGCAGCAAAAGAACGCAUUGAAGUGAUAAUUGAAGAGGGUUGCUGGUCGUAUAUAGGCAAUAUACACGAAGUGCAAUCACUUUCCUUAGGCGAAGGAUGUGAGACGAUAGGCACUGCUGCACACGAGAUAGGCCACGCUUUGGGUAUGUUCCACACGCAUUCAAGACACGAUCGUGAUCGAUACAUUCAAAUUGACACUAGAAAUAUCCAGUCCGCAAUGCUUGACCAAUUCCAAAGGGAGACCAGAAAAACAAACUAUAAUUACGGCCUUCCUUACGACUACGGUAGUAUAAUGCAUUAUGGAUCUAAGAGCUUCUCAACAAAUGGAUAUGAUACCAUGGUGCCUUUCAACGAAAAAUACAUUGACACGAUGGGGUCACCAUUUACUUCCUUCUAUGAACUGCUGAUGAUGAACAUUCAUUACAAGUGCCUAGAUAAAUGCAAGCACAGUCAUUCGACGGUGAGGUGCUAUAUGGGCGGUUUCCCAAAUCCUCGCGACUGCUCCAAGUGUAUUUGUCCAGGAGGAUAUGGAGGCAGGUACUGCAACGAAAGGCCAAAAGGAUGCGGAAAAAUUCUCUAUGCUACAUCCCACAAACAGCAGUUUGUGGAUGUUGUUGGCGACCCUGCAGUAACCGAAGUAGCAAAUGAUGAAUUUGUGAAAUGUCAUUACUGGAUACAGGCUACAAGAGGAAGAAGAGUUGAGAUUCAGUUUGGAAACUUUACGGAUGGCCUUGCAACUGAUGGAUGCUAUUGGGCGGGUGUUGAAUUUAAAAUGCAGAGAGAUCAACGCUUGACCGGAUUCAGAUUGUGCUCUCCUGCCUAUGCGGGUCAGAUCUACAGAUCUGAGGGUAGCAUGGUACCUAUUAUUACAUACAGCAGAGUUUGGGAGGUUGAGACCACUUUCCAAUACCGCAUGAGAUUCUACAGCGACAAGUGCAAGGCCAAUCUUCUCCCUUUGAGCUAUUUCCGCAAUAAAGGUCCAAAGCAUUUCACUGUAUAUUUAUCAGAGUAG